AUGGCUCAUUGGACGAACAUUGACGCAUGUUGCGGCUUUCCGUGGCACAAGGCUUACGGCUGUCUUCGGCGCUGCUUUGACGGUGCAAAUGCGCCAGUUGUCGCAGUGGACCGAUACGGCCUGGUCACUCGAUGGAACAGGAAAGCCGAGGAGGUCUUCGGCUGCCUGUGCGAAGCAGCUCUCAGGAGACCUUUCUCUGACUUUCUUGAGAAGGGCGACCAGCUGGGCUUGGCUGACUUACAGGCUGCCAUAACGUCCAAAGCAACGCUGUCCCCUGGCGGUAUCGCCCACUUGCAGCGGCGCUUUUGCGUGCGGUCUCGGGCUGCGGGGCAGCCGUGGCACGAGGUCCUCUUUCUGGCGUCCAGUUGCCCAAGUGCGACCAGCAAGGAUGCUUCAGGCGUGCUCUUCAUCGGCCAGGAAGUCACGGGCUUGCUCAAGAGCUCACACUCUUCUGAAGUGACUCUGCAAGAUCGUUUGAUCCGAGAGGUGAAUGCUCCCCUGAUAGCAGUGGACAAGUAUGGAUGUGUGGAGGAGUGGAAUAGAGGAGCCGAGCUGCUGACUGGCUUUACCAAGGAGGAAGCCAUCGGAAAGCGAUUGGUGCAGCAUUUUAUUGCUGACGAGUUCUCCGACUCUGUACAGACAAUGCUCUCACAGGGCAUGAACGGUCAGGAGAUUACAAACUACGAGUUUUCCUUGUGGACCAAGAGUGGGCAGCGCAAAGACAUUCUGUGGAGCGCGACUGCCCGCCGCGAUCGCCAUGGAAACAUUGUGGGCGUGAUCGGCAUCGGACACGACAUUACCGAGCUACGCUCAGAGUCCAAGAUGCUGGCAAACUACGUCCGCAUUUGUGGCGCGGCGGUCUGGUCCCUGAAGGGCAAUGCAAAGACGGGAGUUAUCACCGAUAGCAAAACUCGAGAAAUUGAGCACUUGAUCUCGCAACAGGCGCAGAUGGACAUUUGUGAUCCACGAAUGGUGCUGUGGCGGGCGUCCUUCGUUUCGAUUUUAAAAACGAUGUGCCAAAAUUUCUGGAUGAGACGGAAGGGAGUACAGGAAGGGGUGCAUGUGCCGCCUGAGAAGCUGGGCGCCAGCACUGAAAUUGUAACGACCGACUUUGGCUACGAGUUCUGCUUCGAGGCUCCAAAUGGGAGCGUGAAGUGGUACAAGGUGCAGGGCCACCUCAUUCAAGAAUGCACGCUCGGCAGCCAGUUCGAAGUUACGGGCUCCAUGCAGGAAGUCACCUCAAUGCUCAUUGACAAAGUCAUGGGUGACAGGUGGCAGAAGUGGUGGAGCCGCAUGUGUCACAUGGUUUUCGAUGCAACGUUGCUGGUGGACACACAAGAGUACCGAGUGCUGAAUGCCUGGGGUGAGGAGAAAGUCUUUGGAUGCAAGUUGCAAUCGCACCAUCCAUUGCUUCAGCUCAUAAAGCCUGAAGACACCGUCUCGCUGAAAGAAGCUUUCAACGAGGUAACGUUCAAAGGCUUUGAGCGUGGCCGCACCCUGCACUUGCUUCGACCUGGAAACCAGCGCGAUACUCCGGCGCAAUGCUUCUUGCUGUCGGCAGACCAGGAGAAUCCAAAUGAAUGCAUGAUGGGUAUUCGCAUGCAGGUUACUGCCUCUGACGAAAAUGUUUCCGUGCUUUGGGAUGUAGCAAAGCCCAACCCAGUGCUUACCCUCGAAGACUUGGCGCGAUUGAAGUCGGGAUUGAAGCGUUCACACCGGCGUCCGUCCCGGAACUUACGGAAUGUGCACCAACGAUCCCUUCAUCCCAGGUCGCGCACGUCAGAUCCCAUCGCGUCCUCGCACUCGCUCUCUAGCAUCCCUGAGGACCUGCACGGCGAGUUUGAAGAUGACGAUGAUGUUCGUUCUGUUUCGGACAUGUCUGAUCGAGGCUCCGAAGCUGAAAACUCCAUGGCAGACGACAGCGAAAGCCGCUGCUCAAGUUCAGAGCAUAGUUCGACGUCGAAUGACGAGGGCAUGUCUGAGGUUGGCGUUUGCAACAGCAGCCCCGCGAGAUCUGCCAGCGAGGAUUUCGUGCCAGGAGCACCGCAUGACUGGAGCUCCAAUCCAUUCAACCUCUCCCCGAAGAAGGGCCGUCUUCCCGAUGCAAGCUCUCCGUUGAGAGGAACCAAAUAUGGUGGUGUGCCUGCAAGGCAGCUGGCACCUGGCGCCCCAUUGCCUGUGCAGAGGAAGGCAAGGGUUGGGCCUCCCACCGUGAAGUUGAGAUGGUCUGGCAAGUCCUUCUCUGUUGACUUGGACGACUUCUCGACCAUUGGUGAGCUUCGCGCACACAUUCAUCGGGUAACAGGUGUGCCCGCAAUGCGACAGACUUUGAUUCUUGGUGGCCGAAGGCUUCCAAUCAGCGACGACUCGUCGCCCACAAUGAAUGAGCCUAACUGGCAGGAAAUCAAGGAUCUUGUCCGUCCUGGCCAAUGCUUAAUGAUGGUUGGCAGUGCUUCUUGCUUGCAUUGA